AUGAGCAAUCAACCACAGUUCACCGACAAGGCCUCCAGGGCUCUGUCCGAUGCGGCAAACCUGGCAGAGCAGUAUGGACAUUCACAGAUCAUGCCAAUACACCUGGCUGUCGCCUUGUACGACCCACCUGUCGACGAGUCGAAAGACCAGCAAACAACGAUGAAUGCUUCUCACUCCCAUACAUCUGCUCCUCUAUUUCGCCAAGUUGUAGAACGAGCCCAUGGCGAUCCUCAACUUAUGGACCGAGCCCUCAAGAAGGCUCUUGUCCGUCUGCCCAGUCAAGAUCCCCCACCCGAGCAUGUCACUAUGAGCCCAGCACUCGCCAAAGUCAUACGGGCAGCCAGUGACCUACAGAAAACCCAGAAAGACACAUAUGUUGCUAUGGAUCAUCUGAUAACUGCUCUGGCUCAAGACAUCAAAAUACAAGAAGCGCUCAAGGAAGCAAACAUUCCCAAUACCAAGCUCAUAGACACCGCCAUUCAGCAGAUACGAGGGACCAAGAGAGUAGAUUCGAAAAACGCAGACGCUGAAGAAGAGAAUGAGAAUCUCAAGAAAUUCACCAUCGAUAUGACUGCAAUGGCCAGAGAGGGUAAGAUGGAUCCUGUCAUCGGUCGAGAGGAAGAAAUCCGCAGAGUCAUUCGUAUCCUAUCACGAAGAACGAAGAACAAUCCAGUUCUGAUAGGUGAGCCCGGUGUGGGAAAGACGACUGUCAUCGAGGGUCUGGCCCAGCGAAUCAUCAAUGCCGAUGUGCCAGCAAAUUUAGCCGCCUGUCGAUUAUUGUCGCUAGACGUGGGCUCUCUUGUGGCCGGCAGCAAGUAUCGUGGUGAAUUCGAGGAAAGAAUGAAGGGCGUCCUGAAGGAGAUCGAACAAUCGACCGACAUGAUUGUGCUCUUCGUCGACGAAAUCCAUCUACUGAUGGGUGCAGGGUCCAGUGGUGAGGGAGGUAUGGAUGCUGCCAACCUGCUCAAACCCAUGCUUGCCCGAGGCCAACUGCACUGUAUAGGUGCCACAACCCUUGCCGAGUACCGGAAGUACAUUGAGAAGGAUGCAGCCUUCGAACGACGGUUCCAGCAAGUGCUGGUAAAAGAGCCUACUGUUGCGGAGACUGUCUCAAUUCUCCGUGGCUUGAAGGAGAAGUACGAAGUACAUCAUGGUGUCACCAUUCUCGACGGUGCCAUUGUGGCUGCAGCGACUCUGGCCGCUCGAUAUAUCACUACUCGCAGAUUACCUGAUUCCGCUGUCGAUCUCAUCGAUGAAGCAGCUGCCGACGUCCGAGUCAUCAGAGAAUCACAACCCGAAGCACUCGACAACAUGGAGCGCAGACUCCGGCAGCUGGAAAUCGAAAUUCAUGCUCUGAAUCGUGAGAGUGAUCCAGCUUCGAUAGAACGUCUUGAGGUUGCAAAGAAAGAAGCUGCCAACGUCAAGGAAGAGCUUGAGCCACUUCGCCUGCACUACGAACAGGAGAAGGAACGCUCACGCGACAUUCAGGAGGCCAAGAUCAAACUCGAUCAGCUCAAAGUCAAGCGCGAGGAGGCUGAGAGAUCUGGCGACCUUCAGACCGCCUCCGACCUAGGCUACUACGCUAUUCCCGACACGAAGGCUCUCAUCGCAAGACUCGAGGCACAAAAGAAUCAGGCAGCUGCUGAGCAGCACGAGCGCAUGGGUUCUAUCGGCGAAGUCACCGUGACGGACGCUGUGGGUCCGGAUCAAAUCAACGCCAUUGUUGCUCGAUCGACAGGUAUUCCCGUCACUCGUCUCCGAGCAUCAGAGAAGGAGAAGAUCCUCCACAUGGAGCAACAGCUGCAGAAGAUUGUGGUCGGUCAGCGAGAAGCUGUCAAGUCAGUGUCCAACGCUAUUCGACUGCAACGAUCUGGCCUGGGCAACCCAAAUCAGCCACCGUCCUUCCUGUUCUGUGGUCCUAGCGGAACAGGUAAGACUCUGCUUACGAAAGCGCUUGCAGAGUUCUUGUUCGACGAUCCGAAGGCCAUGAUACGGUUCGACAUGUCCGAAUACCAAGAACGCCACUCGCUCUCACGAAUGAUCGGUGCACCUCCAGGCUACGUUGGACACGACUCAGGAGGCCAGCUGACUGAAAACCUUCGACGCAGACCAUUCUCCAUACUCCUCUUCGACGAAGUCGAGAAGGCCGCCAAGGAAGUGCUCACAGUUCUCCUCCAGCUCAUGGAUGAUGGCCGUAUCACCGACGGACAAGGACGUGUUGUUGACGCCCGCAACUGUAUCGUUGUCAUGACCUCCAACUUGGGUGCCGAGUACCUCUCGCGUACCAACCCUAACGACGGCCGCAUCGACCCAGGCACCCAAGAACUGGUCAUGAACGCGCUUCGCAACUACUUCCUCCCAGAAUUCCUCAACCGCAUCUCCUCGAUCGUCAUUUUCAACCGACUUACCCGAAGAGAAAUCCGGCGCAUCGUCGAUCUCCGACUCGCAGAGAUUCAGAAACGCCUCGAGUCAAAUGACAAGAAGAUCACAAUUCACGCCACUGAGGAGGUCAAGGACUACCUCGGCGCCGCAGGCUACAGUCCCGCGUAUGGUGCUCGACCACUGCAGCGACUGCUUGAGAAAGAGAUCCUCAAUCGUCUGGCAGUGCUGUUACUCAGAGGCAGCAUCAAAGACGGUGAAGUUGCGCGCGUGGUGCUGCAGGAUGGCAAAGUUGUUGUCUUGCCGAAUCACACGGACGAGGAGCUGGAGGACGAGGAUGACAUGUACAUGAUGGAUGGAGAUGACGUUGAUGAUGGCAUGGGCGAGGAUGCGAUGUAUGAGAUCGAGGAGGCCAAGGCUAACGGUGGCCCAAAGUCGAGCCGGAGUGCUAGGGGCCGAGAUGAUGCGAUGGAUCUCUAUGACGAGUAA